AUGGAGGAAGAUUACUCAGCUCUUCUGGGGGAGAAGGCCUUGUUUCAAACUGAUGAGGCAGAGGGCUAUGAUAUCUCUGGUCAAGGUUUACCUGGCAUCCCUGAUGAGCUUCCCAGCUCCACCAAGACUCUGGAUUUCAGCUUUAACUACCUGCCAGCCAUUAACAACACCACUUUUGUUAGGCUGAAGGAGCUUGUCUCAAUUAAUCUAACCAGAUGCAAAAUAAACUAGAUAUUUGAGGAUGUCUGGCACCACCAAAUGGACCUAAGACUCUUGAUAGGAAACUAGUUAUUUUUUUUGUUGGAUGAUGCUUUUGUAGGACCUAAAUACUUGAAACAUCUUAGUUUAACUCUGACAUCAAUGGAUGAUCUGAAAUUCCUCCCAUCGCAUAAUCUCACAUCUUUAGAGACACUGGACCUUGCCUUCGACGUCAGCUUCGAAGGCAACAUCAUUGUGUACAUUAAACCAAAGGCCUGUCACUUCAACAGCCUAGAUUUCAGUGACUGUCUAAGCAAAGGAGACAUUUCAAUAAUGUUAGCCGGAUUGAGGAGUUCACCAACAUUCUCUCUCUGGGGGUCUAUGAGGACAGCCCACCUGCCACCAUGCGGGCUUGAGUCCCUUUACGCUUUCUGUGGUCCUCUCCGAAGGCUAAAUAUCUCAUGGAAGUUUGGUGACUUCAGUGUCCAGUGGAACCUUCUGGAAGUUCUGAUAAGCCUGGAGAGUCUCAAUUUGAGGGGUGGUUCCUUUAAGGACAGGAUUGUUUCUAAUGAUAGAAAUGGUUACUUAGACUCUGUCAAAGCUUUAACAGAAAAGAGCCAAAUUGACCUGAGUGACAACCCUUUGGCAUGCAACUGUUCCAAUAUUCAAUGA